GCGCCGCAGGAAGAGGCGGAGCGCGGCGGGGCGGCGAGCGGGGCCGGGCCGGGGCGAUGAGCGGGGCCGGGGCCGCGCUGCGGGGCUACAACGCGGAGCUGCGGGAGGGGCUGGCGGAGCUCCGCGCCCGGCGGGAGGAGCUGAGCGGGCGGAUCCGGGAGGAGGAGGCGGAGCGGAGCCGGCUGCAGGGCCGCAUCUGGGCGCUGACCGAGCGGCUGGCCCGCACCAGCGAGAGCCUGGCGCGGCACCUGGCCGCCCGCGGCGAGCUCGACAGGACCAUCGCCGAGACCGAGGCGGCCUACGGCAAGAUUCUGGAGAGUUCUCAGACAUUGCUAGAUGUCCUGAAGGGAGAAAUUGGGAAUGCUGCCAAAGCCAGUGAGCCGCAAAGCACUUCAAAAGAAAAAGAAAAACAAGCACGUGGACAAAAGCAUUCCUAAACUUGCUUUUCAGCCUGGAAAGUCCUGUUGGUCUGGGGCAGCUGCUGUUCUGGUACGAGGAUGCCACGUUUAAUAAAAGUCUUCGUUUUGCAGAAGUAAA